AUGGAUUACGAUGACUUAUACAAGGUCUUGCCUAAAGAUCCUAAAAAGUGGAAACUCGACGAUGUGACCAUUUGGUUGAAAUUCAUAGGACUACAAGACUUGGAUGUCAACUUUAGAUAGAAUUCCGUUGAUGGAGCAUUAUUGAGUACAUUGGAUGAUAAUGAUUUAAAAGAAAUGGGAAUAGCAGAAUCCUCGUUGAAAAUUAAAAAGUUAGUCUAAUGGAUUAAAAUUGGUUUCAAAGAAUAUUCUGAAUUUUUGAAAUCAUUAGAAAAAGGUCAAACUUUCGAUUCUCAAAAAUAGAUUAUCAAUCAAUAACAAGAUGAAAAUAAUACAUCCAACAACCUCGUUGUUUCCAAUCAAUUUAAAAGAAGUUCAAUAAAAGCUGCAAUCUUUGAAGAUUAAGUCUAAAGUAUUUAAUCGUUCAAAUAAACUGUACAAGAAGAUAAUAAUGUACAUGAAAUUAUCAGAUCAACACAUAUGAAAUAAGAUAGUAGUCCUUAUUUAUCCAACAUUACUAAUGGCAAUUAGAGAAUCUUAGUCCCAAAGGAGGGUGUUUCAAUUGGGAGAAAUCCUGAGAACACAUUAGUACUCAAAGAAGACUAUGUUAGCAGAUAGCAUUGCAAGAUCUUUCAUAAAGAAACCAAUGGGAGCUAUUACCUUCAAGAUUUAGGAUCUUCAUCUGGAACUUAUGUCUAAUUAACUAAUCCCACUCUAUUGAAAGAAGGAUUGAUUUUACAUAUGGGUUUGGGUUAGUUUUUGAUAUCCAAAAUUAAAAUCCAAGGGAGUAAAUGUUCUGUCUUCAUCAGAGUUUUGGAAGGUAUAAUGGAAAAUAAGAAUCUUGAUUUUGAAUUAACUCAAGAUUAGACAGCUCUAAUUUUUGGAAGGUAGAUGUCAAUGUUUGCAGAUGACACACAUUUGAGUGGUCAGCAUGCUUAGUUCACUUACAUAGAGGAAGGCUUAGUUAUUGAGGAUUUAGAUAGUAGAAAUGGAACCUGGUUGAGAUUGAGUCCUCCACACAAACAAAGUGAGCCUGUUAAAUUAAUUGAUGGAAGACGAUUUAGAUUAGCAUUUGAGUAGUUUUUUGAAUUUCAUUCAGAUUGAUUAUGCAUUCAUAUUUAAGCUAUUAAAACAAUAUUGUUA